AUCCAAAGUUCCAAACACAACUACAUCUCCUUCUUCUCCUUCCUCUCCCACCGCGCCAUUAUAUACGAUCAUAUAUAUCUCCAUCCACUAACCCUCUAUCCAUAAACACACACCAGCUUCAUUUCAUAGCUCUCUCCUCUGAAGCUAAGCUUGAUCUUGUUUGUUACACGGAAGAGCAAAUGCCUUCUUCUGUUCAGCUUCAGAGGAUCAACUCCCCUACCCCAAUAACAACCGCGGCCGCCGCGGCCAUCAGCCACAAGCAGUCCCAGGCAGUCACGCGCCAGGUUCUUCCUCUUUCCCCACGCUCCGUCAACAUACCGGACUCCGUGGCUCUUUACCACUCUUACUCGACGAUGGCCUUGCCGAACCAGUGCUGCUCCGUGGUGGUGCAGAACAUCGACGCUCCCGUCCCCACCGUUUGGUCCGUGGUGCGCCGCUUCGACAACCCACAAGCUUACAAGCACUUCCUCAAGAGCUGCCACGUCAUCGGCGGGGAUCCGACCAUCAAAGUCGGCACGCUCCGAGAGGUACACGUGGUGUCGGGCCUCCCCGCGGCCUCCAGCACCGAGAGACUUGAGAUUCUCGACGACGAGCGCCACGUGCUAAGCUUCAGCGUUGUCGGUGGAGACCACCGCCUGAGGAACUACCGCUCCGUGACAACACUACACGCCUCGUCGAACGGCACCGGAACCGUUGUCGUAGAGUCGUACGUCGUCGACGUGCCGACGGGAAACACGAAAGAGGAGACCUGCGUGUUUGCAGACACCAUCGUGCGUUGUAACUUGCAGUCGUUGGCUCAGAUCGCCGAGAGUAUGAGCAAACCGGAAUAAUUCAUAUGAUCACAUGACAUCACUAAGAUUCAUUCUUUUUUUGAUUUCCAAUUGUGAUUAUGUGAGCUGGUUGGAAAUUUUUAGAUUCGUUAUAGGGUUAAAAUGGUCAGAUGGUGUCGUACGGUGUAUGUGUAUAGUGGCUCUGCAUGUUUAUCCUGUAUUCCUGUUUUUCUCGAUCAUAUUGUUCAUGCAAUGAUCAGAUGAUCUAAUAUAAUAUUUUCGUGCUACCUUCAA